GGGGUCCUAUUUUUGUAUUUAUCUAUGCUUAAAAAUUAACCCCAAAUCCAAUCCAAUGUCAAUCUUGCCGAUACUCGGUAUCAGUUCAAUUAUUAUUUAUUACUAGAACAAUUGCCUCUCACGAGUAAAUCGAAAUGAAUGAGAAGGCCUUGAAAACUCUCGCUAGCAGAAGUGAAUUCAAAAUACGUUUAGAAGAGGAAAUCGGCAAAAAUAAGGAAAUUAUCAAGAAUAAAACAGGAGAAAUAGACAAGAUUUCAGAAACUAUAAGUAAUAUCAAACUUCUCGGAGACAAACCUGAGUGGGACAGCUUAAUUCCUCUAGGAAAGAGAAUUUACAUCCCAGGAAAAAUUGUACAUACUGGAGAGUAUUUUCUUGAGAAGAAAUCAUACCCAUAUUCUUAUUCUGUACUUACAACAUUACAAAAAACAAUAGACAUUUUGAAAGAAAAAAAAGAAAGAAACGAAGAACACUUAGAUAGAUAUCUAGAAAUAGAAAAGCAAUUACAGGAAAGGAUAGAAUAUUUGGUUGGUAGAGACGGGGAUAGUGAUUUUCCUGAUAAUAUUGUUUCUGAUAAAGGUGUUGCAGUUAGAGUUGGUGAUGUUUAUGAAAUCCUUGAAUAUGAAGAAUAAACUUAUGAUUAACAAGUAGAAAUCAAUCUUGUAUUCCAUGAAAAACUUGACUGUGAUAUCAUUAUUAGUAGAGGGUCUUCUUCUAUGGUGUUGAAAUGUUCCAUCAAAGUAAUAUAAUAAUAUUGACAAAAAAAAUAUAUAAUAAAAUUAU